GCUCAGCGCAAUACUUUUAUUUCAUUUUUAUUAUAUAUAUAUUUUUUAUUAACAUUUGAUUUGUAUUCAGAUUCUUCAGGGGAUGCUGUAGCACCUUCAGCACCCCUACUUCCUGCGGAUAUGGCACUGCCAACAAUCCUAUGUUUUACAAUUUAAAAAGUGUUUUCUCCCUUUAAUUGUAAACAUGGUAGCGAGGCCUACACACAGACACUGGCCCUGUUUUGUCAUUGACCAUGAAAUACUGCCAGCCAAAAGAAUACUGAGAAAAUAGGACCAUUUCAGAUGUAGCCUAGAGACACCAUGUUGUGCAGGAAUUCAGUGGCUGUUGGAUCAUCACAAAGACAACAAUAUGAUGAAGAAGAGUCAGACACCACAGUGGGCCCACUCUGGACUCGACCGAAGAGGCCAACUUUCUAUUGCUGGACAACCUUCUCUACUUCUAAACACUUGAUCCUGAGUUUACUUCAGGACUCUUUACAUUGCUGCUGAUGCUGUUGGAGUGGACCAGACCAGGCCUACCAUCCCCCCUGCGGCCGAUCUGUGACCUGCGGGUCCUAAAACACUUCAUUGAAGAGGCCAGAGAUGCCCAAGCAGCCAUGCUGACUUGUAAAGAAGGAUGUGGUCUUCCAGAGCCCGUCACUGUUCCCCAAACCAAAGUAGACUUCAGCAUCUGGGAGAGGAAAAAUGCACUGGAGCAAGCUCAGGAGGUACAGUCUGGCCUGUGGCUGUUAAACCAGGCCAUUGGCUCGCUACGAGCCUCCGUCACCAACACAGCGUUGCAAAGCCACAUAGACAACAGCCUCAUAAACAUCUUCAGAAUAGGAAAGGUGCUGCGCAGCCUCAACAUCCAGGAGUGCAACCCUCCAGCAGGAGGAGUGUCUGGAGGAGAGGAGACAUGGCGGGUGUCGUCUGCUUCAGAGCUGCUUCAGGUCCACGUCAACUUCCUGCGAGGCAAGCUGCAGCUCUUACUGUCCAACGCGCCCAUCUGCCACUAGGGCGGCAGCUGAUUGGGGCUCUCCGAGGCGGGGCCGAGUUGAUUAGAGCUUCCCGAGGCAGGGGGUGGGAUCUGACACUAUUGACCCUGCUUGUUGCCAGGUAGAACUCUAAAAGAUGAGUGGGUGGACCAGAUCUUCACAGGAGAGAAUUAAUCUAUAUGGACAGAACAGUUCCUAUUGGACUUUAAAAGGAAAAGAGCAGGUAGCACCUUGAACAUGGAGAUGAGGGAAGUAUGUGGUUAAGAAAUCACACACCGAAAAGGAAUGGGGCCUACAGAAUACACAGCUCCACAGCUCUUUAAUGGGCACUCUUCAGCACUUUGUGUGUGUCUGUAUGUCUUUUAGCAUGAGUGUGAUUCUGUGGCCCCUACUGCAAUGGAAUGUGACUUCUCAUUGCCAAGCCUGCGUAAUCGACGCAGAUUGCACAUGACGACACCUUGUUGGAGUUCUACUCAACUGUCAUUGACUGCCUAUCAAAUACCAGAAUGAGGGGGCCUAGCCUGUGCCACAAACUCUUCAAACACCACCUGCCUCGUUCUUAACACAAAACACUUCUCCAACUGCUGUCUAUCAGUGUCCUCAUAUGUAUUAUAUAUUGCUAAUGUAAUUACUUAUUUAUAGAGAUUUAUAUUUUUACUUUUAAGCUCCAGUUACUGUCAUGACUAUAGUAUUAUGAGAGAUAUACUGUAACUAGGAGCUAGAGACCACAGUUGAGCUCUAACGAUUGACCAUAAUGACUGUAUACCACCACUGAACAUUGUUGUUAGUUAAGUCAAUAUCCAACUGUUCACUGUCUGUUACCCUUUGUAGAAAUGAUCUGUGUGUUUGUAUGUACUGGAUGUGUGAGAGAGUACCUGUUUGAAUGAGUUUUAUACAACUCCUUAUAACCCUAUUGAAUGGACUAGAGGGGGGAAGAAACGGAAUCAGAGGUUCAGUCGGUUGAAGGAGGAAAAGAUUGAGCGGAAGAGGGAGAGGGGGCUUACGUGAGAACUCCGAAGCUUUGCUGUGAUUAUCAGUGUCUGGUUUAUGCACACCAGCACUCAAAUAGAGCUUCGACGCAGAUAGCAUGACUGCCAGGAAAAAUAUUGAUUGGUUCUCAUGAUGAACAUCCUGCAUGCCUCUCUCUCUCUCGCCUUCAUUCAAGCAGCAGCCAAUCAAGCGCAAUCCUGGGAACCUUUGGAGUCGCUGACGUUGGGGAUUCUUCCAAUGUCGGGAUUAGUGUUUUUCUCCUGUUUUGUUUCCCGUCUUAAAAGUCUUUCAGUCACAGUGCAGAUGUUUGUACAUGUUUUUUCCUGUUUGUUUCAGAUGUUUUGUCCCUUCUAUUACACUGCCAUUUGGUAUUUAAAUACAAAAUAUUAUUCUUAGAUUAAAAGGAUGGAUGAAAACAACGUAA